AUGACUGCGGCAACAUCAUCCCCCUUUCUCGAAGUUAAUAGACCUUCACUUGGUAAUUCAAAAAAAAGAAGUCUAAGCCUUCAGCCACCAUCAUUUAAUGCUUCUAGAAGCCCUCCUAGCAUUCAACGACCAUCAUUUAAUGCUCCCAGAAGAAGUGCUAGCCUUCAACCUCCAUCAUUUAAUACUUCUAGAGGAAGAAGUGUUAGCCCUCAACCCUUAUCGUCUAAUACUUCUAGAGGAAGAAGUGUGAGCCCUCAACCAUUAUCCUAUCGUAAACAUCAAGAUACAACUAAAAAGAUUGCUGAUCAAAUAUUGGGGAUCUUCUUGCAUUCACAACAUACUGGAAGAGAUGAUAAGCGGACCACGGAAAUAAUCUUGGAUACUAUCAAAAAAUUUAAUAGUGACGCGGCAAGAAUUCUUGACUGGUUGUCACAUAAUCAAAAUAAAUUGGAAUAUAAAACACUCCUUGGUUAUUUUUAUUUACAUGACAUAGGCACAGAAAUAGAUACGAGAAAGGCAUACAAUCUUUACCUUGCUGCCGCAAAAAAAGACUAUUCUAUUGCCCAAUAUUUACUUGGUGAAUG